AUGCCUGCAACACUUCGCAUUUUCGAUUCCGUUCAUGGCUCAUUGGAUGAAGAUGAACUCACCGUCUCCCAACAACGACAAAUUGCUCUCAUGCGAAAACGAAGAGAAGAUCGAUUGAUCAUUCCAACCAUUCAUCGCUCGGAUUCAUCCAUGAGUUCAGCAACUACAAAUCCUGAAUGGAAUAAUCAUCAUGACGAUGAGGAUGAUGAGGACGAAGAGGACCAAGAUGAAGACAAUGAACAUUCCGUUCAUCACCACAAAGAAAUUUCCGAAAUUGGAAAAAAAACGAAUAGUACUAUUCAUGAAGAGGUUUUUGAUCCACGUAAAAAUGUCUAUGACAACAAUGAGGAGGUGGUUCAUGUAGAGUGGGCCACUGAUACGGAACAACCUCAUGAUCCGAAAAUGAAAAAGAAGAACAAGAAGGCUCUCAAUCGGAGACUCUCUACAGAAUUGAUGAAACAUUUCAUGCCCACUUUGGAGAAACCACAAAACAUUCAAGAAACAUUCAUGGAUAAGCAAGCGGUUGAAUUAUUGAAGAAUAUGGAUCCGGAAAUUGUCGAGAAGUGUAUUUUACCCUUUCUCUCGGUUCGGGAUUUACUCUCACUCGGGCUCACCUCGAAAAAUCAGUUAACCAUUUCAUGGACCUGUUUGAGGAUCAUUAACGAGAUACAUUUGAAGAGAUUUCCUCACUUGUUGUCCAAUGCCAUGAUUGAGGAUCAAAUGGAUCGAGUGAUGGCCAUAUUGAUGAUGAAAUUCUCGUCCUCACAACAUCAACAACAACAGCAGCAGCAGAAUGAAAGAACAAGUGUUUCGAGUGUGGCAUCGGCGAAUAGAACAUCGGAUUCUUCUUCAUCGUCCAUGAACGGAGAGAGAAGGUCCACAACGACCAGUUACACCACAACAACUUCUUCUCGAUUAAGCACAACCCUUAGUGAUACGAGAGGAUCAUUCUCAUCCAAUUCGGGUCGAAUGUUUGAGAGAAGAAGUUGGCGAUUGAAUGAUUCUGCUCCAUUGACUUCAGCAACGUUGGCCAGAAGAAGUAUUGUGGAGGUUUAUUCAGGAUUAGUGGAUCCUAACAUGAUGUCACAUCAUCAUCAUGCUUGUUCCUAUCAACAUGAUAAUAUGAACUCUGAGUCACAACAACAGCAACAACAACAGAAUCAUUCUUCUUCUAACUCGAUCCUUUCAUCAGCAACACAUCAUGAACCCUCUAACACGACAGCAGAAUUAAAUUCUUCUCAGUCAACAACGAAUCAUGACUCAAUGAAUUCACCUGCACGAAAUGCAAAUAGCUUUCAGACGACAACAACUCCUACACAGCAUCGCAUGAGUAUGACAGAUGCGGCGUCUCAUACCUCAACACGUCAUACCAUUUCAGAAUAUUCUGCACACACAUUCCUUGGUCACAUUCAUCAACAACAACCACACAAUGACGUUUCAUCCAUGGUUAUUCAACCUCUUCCAUCUGAGUACGAUCCAAAUGUUGGCUCCUUUACAAAGCUUGUGACAAGCGUCAAGAGAAAAACUCGCAGGAAAAUAUUCAGAAUUGCAGUGGUUGGUGAAGUGGGGGUUGGAAAAUCAACCUUUAUAGAUUCCAUCUUUGGCCAUACCAUGCCGGUACAACAUACAGAAUAUUCACCCACUGAAAAAGUGAGCACGUAUUGUCAUCCAUAUUAUUUACUCACAGGUGAGCGAAUUGAACUCAUUAUUCAUGACACUCCUCAAAUCAUUCCAACGCAAUACAAAACUCCUCAAAAAUUUCAAUCCAUCAAUGAAAAGUAUUCGGAUAAUGCAAAAAUUUUGAGACAAUCCAAAAAGAAAGUAGACUUGUUUUUAUAUUGUUUUGACAUGUCCAAUCCCAAUACUCUACCCAGUGAAACGAAUGAAUAUUUCAAGGAAUUACGCAAAGUAAGAGAUGCACAUUUUCCAAAAUCCACAUUGGCACUCAUUGGACUGAAACGUGACAUUGCAGAACGGAAUUUAAAACACCUUACAGCAUUGUCAUUGAAAAAGAAGAAGAAGAAAAAUCCAACUCUUCCACCUAAACCUGUUUCUUACAUACAAGCAACAGAAACUGCACAACAAUUACAAUGCUUUAAAGCAUUUCUAGGAUGUUGUGACAUGAAAAAUAUGUUUAAUACGCUUCACCUUUUUGAUAUUGGAGUCUCACUCAUGUAUGGACAAAUUAUGAUGAAACGAUUUUCAGGAAUUGAGGAGCAAAUUACUUCACCUAAGAGAAGAUCAGUCUCGUUUAUCAAUUCACAUCACGAUCAUCAUGAACACUUCUCAGCUUCUCCAUAUGCAGCAUCUGUAUCAACUCCAGUCAUUUCUCGACAUGCAGCCACCAUAUCAACAUCGUCACCAUCGAGAGCCAGAAAACGAUUGAGCAUUAUUGGGAAAAAAGUUGGAGAAGGUUUUCAAGUAUUGUUUGACAAAUUUUCACCUUCACAUUCGUCAAGGGAUUCCACAACAAAUUCUUCGUCGUUUGAUCGCCCUACCAUGAAUCAAACUUCAGGAGAGGUGAGACCUUCAUCCAACAUAACUACUAUCACUGAGGAACCACAAGAAAAGGAUUUACCAUCACCUAUUCAACCACACACAAUGGACCGUCAUGACAUGCAUGAUCAAUCCAAUCCUACAAUGAAUGAGCUGAAUAGCAGCAUGACCCAUUUAAUAACUUUAUUAGAAAGACCACCAAUGACCAUCAUAGGAGAGCCUGUCCUUACUGAGAGCUCGUGUGUCAUUCUCGAUGAUGUUUCAAGCACUCAUUCAAGUCGAAACUUGGAGAGGAAGCAACACGUUGAGGACGCAGCACAAACUAGAUCAAGCAGUGGUGACGAAUAUUUGAAACCACAAAGAACAUACAGUCGAGCUCCAAGACCACUACCUAAAACUCCAAACAAUCCUUCUUCCAUACUUCAUUAA